AUGGCCCCAGUCUUCUCCUUCAGGUACACCACUUACGGUGCAGGCUUCAGCACUGCCCACGAUCCCAGCUUCCCCAUCAGCGACAGAACAGACGGACUACUGGCGUUUCUCACCCCGUUUCAACGCCUGAAGACCGAGCUCAACCGCAAAAACGCAGCUCAAAUAGACGGACGUCCUUUCCUCGUCCAGUGGUUUCUGCCCAUUCCGAGAUGGGGGAAGACGCUGAAGAAGACCAUCGAAGAUGACUUGAGGAAUCUUCCGGGUGUACCCCAAGAUCCUAAGGCUUCUCUCGAGGUCAGUGCUGGAAGCUCGUCAUUUGCUGCUUUCUCCAUCUGGAUGGAUUUCAUACCAACCUCUUCCACAAUUGCUCAAGAAGCAGACUCUAACCCCCCUUUUAUUAGUCCUGAGGUCGGCAGACCUGAAAUCGGAUGUUACGUGGAAUACGCCAUCGACCCUCGUCGGUUGCUCAACCCGUUGGGGAUUUUGCCCCCGAAGGAACCCGAAGAAGAUCUGACGCGAACUCCUGACUUUUCCGGUUCGGGCUCAUCAUCAUCGAGUACUUCGAGACCGUCGAGCCCCAUCACCGCUCCUCUCGACUCUGAUGGUCCGCAGCCUCCUGAGGAUGAGGACGAAAAGGCAAAAGAGGAGGCGGAUCCCGUUUCCGAGUUCUUCGACAUUGAUGCAUAUGAUGCUUCGAACAGCCCAGGAGACCCGAGUGCCGAGAGCUAG